CGGGUGAGCGACGACGCGCGCUUCGAAAAUCACAGUCAAUGGUUUGUGUAUAAAAAAUUAAGAUUGAUCGAAUUUAGUUGACGAAGUGUGGAGAACCUGAACGGAUUUGCUAACUAAGGCGGUGCGCCAAUAUAGAAACGCUCUACAGUAGCAGUAACAGUGGUAAAAAAUAGCCAUCAUGCACCCACAAAAAUCGACACUUCGACUACUUCUUAUCGUCUGUUUAACACAAUGGGUUCGAGCAACAACUAAGGACUAUAUUGAUCUACUCGAAUUGCCUGACAACGAUGAAUUUCUAUGGAGUCGGCACGAUAAUGAAAAUGCAUAUAGCAAAGCGCAUUCACAUUCUAACGAAUAUAACAGUACAGGUGGCGGUAGUGAUUAUUUGAUGCGUCACAUAUUGAAGAAGCGACAAGUGAUUUUCCAACAAAACAAAGAUUACGGCGAAUGUCGCACUGCGUUGGGCGAAGUCGGGCGCUGUCGGCAUCCGCUCUACUGUCGCAUUCCAGAAUUAAAGGAUGAUGUCUGGCGCUUGAUCUCGCAGUUGUGCGUUAUCGAACAAAAUUCGAUCGGCAUAUGUUGCACACAACAUACGGAGUCUCGCUCCAGUCCACAGGUUAUCAGCGACGUAAACAAUAAUGGCUUGGAAGAGGCGCGCAUUGUCAACAAACCCGAACAACGCGGUUGCGGCCUUACCACCAAACAGUUCCCACGCAUCACUGGCGGUCGACCGGCUGAACCCGAUGAAUGGCCUUGGAUGGCUGCUUUGAUACGUCCCGGAUUGCCGUAUGUCUGGUGCGGUGGUGCGCUGGUCACCGAUCGCCAUGUGCUCACUGCGGGCCAUUGCGUGCAUAAAUUCAAAUUGGAAGAUAUAUUUGUGCGCUUGGGCGAGUACAAUACACAGAUGAUUAAUGAGACGCGUGCGCGUGAUUUUCGCAUUGCUAAUAUGGUCAUACAUAUAGAUUACGAUCCGUUGACAUAUGAGAAUGAUAUAGCUUUGCUGCGUCUGGAUCGUGCCACACUAUUUAAUACGUAUAUUUGGCCAGUUUGUAUGCCACCGAUUGGUCAAAGUUGGGAGGGGCAGGUCGGCGUCGUAACCGGUUGGGGUACACAAACCUUCGCCGGUCCACAUUCGGAAAUACUUAUGGAGGUGUUGCUGCCCAUUUGGAAGCUUGCUGAUUGCCGCGGCGCAAUGGUUGAACGCAUACCGGACACUGUGAUGUGUGCUGGCGUGCGCGAAGGCGGCCAAGACUCAUGUCAAGGUGAUAGCGGUGGUCCACUGCUGGUGCAAUUGCCUAAUCGACGCUGGGUCACAGUGGGUAUUGUCUCUUGGGGUGUGCGUUGCGGCGAAGCCAAUCGUCCUGGCAUGUACACUAGCGUUAAUCAUUAUAUGCAUUGGAUACUACAAAACUCAGAUAUUUAAAAAUCAUAGAAUUAUGUAUUAUGUACUUAUAAUAUAUGUUUCACCCUUAAAAAGCCGUUUAUUAAAUAUAAAUUGUUUAAUAUUCGCUAGCUGGUUACGUCGCGAAAAUCAAAUUUCAAGUAAUCCUACAAAAUACAAUAUAUAUAUAUAUAUAUUUUUUUUUAACAAUUACCAAUUGAAAAUUUA